AUGGGCCCCAGGCCCCAUCCCCCUACCUCCAGGGAACCCAGGGACCACCCCACGCCCUCCUCCCAGGCGUCCCAAACUCCACUGCAUCCGGAAUCUCAGCUGAGGCCUCAUCUCGACGUUACCUCAACCAUCCAACAUCCCUCCCACCUCCCUCCUCCCCCUAGUCUAUGUACCUUUCUACCCCCUCCUUCUACCUCUCCUCCUCCUCCUCCGCCUCCUCCUACCUCUCCUCCCCUCUCUCCUCUAUCUAUUCCCUCCCUACCUCCGCCACUUGGCUUUUCCCCGCCUCAUCCAUACGCUAAUCGUGUUCCUCCCCUCCUCUCCUCCUCCUCCUCCUCCUCCUCCUCCUCCUCCUCCUCUUCUCUCCAACACAAUCCCCUGCUUCUCUCUCCAACCAACAAUCCCCAUCUACUCCUUUCUACAACACAAUCCCCACUAUUCUCUACAACACAAUUCUCCCUACUUUCUCCAACACAAUCCCCCCUCACUUUCUCUCCAACACAAUUCCCCCUACUCCUCUCCCCAACACAAUCCCCACCCCCGCCAUUCCCCACCCGUUCCCCCGCACUCUUCGCUGGCGUUAUGGCAAAGCAUGCCAGGUUAUAUUAG